AUGGACUAUCUAUAUCACAAAUAUCUCGGCAUGACUAGUACUUCAAAUAGUAUUAAUUAAUUGGACAAGAUGGACAAAUACUAUUUGUUGGGACCCCAUAAUAACAACUUGCGCAUUCAUUGUAUCUUGGACCUGUGCAUGAUUAACAUGAUGGAUAGCAUCUUAAUCCAGAAACGACAAUAUUUCUAAGAGAAACAAAGCCUUAAUUUUUAUUAGUCGAUGUAAAAUUCAAAUAGCCGUAACUUUGUUAUGAUAUUGAAAAGUUCAAAGUUUUAACUUCAAAUGGAAUGCUAUCACAAAAUCCUGUGUUCAUUGGAUAUGUUGUAGGCGAUGUAUAGGAGUAUGAAUAUAAAAAUUAUCCUAUUCUAAAUUCAAAAUUUUCAGAUAGCCAUGUACCAUGGAAAAAUAAAUCCAUUGAUAUCCACUAACCCUUCUUGA